AUGCAGGAAUUGGGUGUGCAACCAAAUGCGUCGAUAUUGGUGAGCGUUCUGACUGCUUGUGCUCAUCUUGGUGCGCUUGCACAAGGGUUAUGGAUCCACUCCUAUGCCAAGCGAUACAAUCUUGAGUCCAAUCCAAUACUGGCUACUGCGUUGGUUGACAUGUAUUCAAAAUGUGGAUGCAUUGAUUUGGCAUUAUUAGUUUUUCAAGAUAUUCCCAACAAGGAUGCUGGAGCAUGGAAUGCAGUAAUUUCAGGGCUGUCUUUGAGUGGAGAUGCUAGAAAACUCCUCACACUAUUCAGUAAAAUGGUAUCAGAUGGAAUUCAACCCACAGAAACUACAUUUAUUGCUCUUCUCACUGCUUGCACGCAUUCUAGGUUGGUUGAUGAAGGUCUUAACUUGUUUAGAGAAAUGGACAGUUUGUAUGGGGUAAAACCCAAACUUGAACAUUGUGCAUGUGUGGUUGACCUCUUGGCUAGAGCUGGUAUGUUGAAGGAAGCUGAGAAGUUUAUAGAGGAAGAAAUGGGUGGUAUAGAGCAAGGGAUGCUAAUAUCUGGGGAGCUCUAUUGA